GCGCUCCCGAGCACCGAAAAAUCAUGGAGGUGGGGGGGGCAGCCAAGUCGCCGCCUGAAAGUUCCCCUCCCCCCCACCCCGCUUUCCUCUCUCUGAUAACCAAAUAACCAGAUAACCUCGAACAGGGCCCGAAAUGUGAGGAAGGAAUGAACUUGGGGGAGGAAACCCUAACGGAAGAGCAAUAGAACCGCUAGAGGGCUAAUUUAUAUCAGGCACUUGGAAAGAUGCCCGCCGGUGGCUGGGGGAGGGGAGGGAGGUGGGGGAGGGAGAAGGGAAAGGCCCUCGUCUAGUCGUUCGGGAGGGGAAGGACGAGGUGUCUUAACUCCGAGGUGGAGGGCAAAGGGCAAAGUUCAAGUGCGAAUCUGCCGGCCUGACUGGUGCUCACAAUGGCAGCUUGCGCGGCGGGGCUACAAGCGGACUCGGCCGUGGUGGUGGUGGGCUCCUGCAUGACCGACUUGGUCAGCCUUACAUCACGUCUGCCAAAAAUUGGAGAAACCAUCCAUGGACAUAAGUUUUUUAUUGGCUUUGGAGGAAAAGGUGCUAACCAGUGUGUGCAAGCAGCCCGGCUUGGAGCCAAGACUUCCAUGGUGUGCAAGGUUGGCAAAGAUUCUUUUGGCAGUGAUUAUAUAGAAAACUUAAAACAGAAUGCUAUUUCUACAGAAUUUAUGUAUCAGACCAAAGAUGCUUCUACAGGAGCUGCUUCAAUAAUUGUCAAUAAUGAAGGACAGAAUAUUAUCGUCAUCGUGGCCGGAGCAAACUUGCUGUUGAAUUCUGAUGACCUGAGGAAGGCAGCUGAUAUCAUUAGCAGAGCCAGAGUAAUUAUCUGCCAGCUAGAAAUAUCUCCAGCUACUUCUCUGGAAGCCCUGACAAUGGCCCGCAAGAGCGGAGUGAAGACCCUGUUUAAUCCUGCUCCUGCCACAGCCGACCUCGAUGCCCAGUUCUAUACCGUCUCAGAUAUAUUUUGCUGCAAUGAGACUGAGGCUGAGAUUUUAACUGAGUUGACAAUUAGUAACCCUGCAGCAGCUGGAAAGGCUGGAUCCAUGCUGAUAGAAAGGGGUUGCAAAAUAGUAAUCAUUACCUUGGGUGCUGAAGGAUGUGUGUUUGUAUCAGCUGAAGAACCUGGCCCAAAGCAUAUUCCCACACAGAAGGUCCUCAAGCCUGUGGAUACUACGGGGGCUGGAGAUAGUUUUGUGGGAGCAUUGGCCUUCUACCUGGCUUAUUAUCCUAACCUGCCUAUGGAAGAAAUGAUCAAGAGAGCCAACUUCGUUGCAUCAGUCAGCGUCCAAUCCUCAGGAACCCAGACUUCUUUCCCUUACAAGAAGGACCUGCCACUUAAUCUGUUUUGAUUAACAUUCUAAGGCUCAUAUGAUUGCAAUUAGUAUGUACAAGGCAGAGAAUUCAACUACCUUGUACACUAUAACAGUGUGUUCUCCUUUACAUACAAAGGAUGUUCACCCACCAUCCAUAAGGUACUUGCUUUCUGUUGUUUAUAAAGUAAUGAUGACUGAUUCCUCUUACACACAUUUGCAAAGCAGCUGGCCAGGAUUAGGGGUGCAGCCUGAGGCUAGGCUAGGAUUUUGAAGGGAUCUGCAAUUUCAUCACGAUUGAUGAAACUGAUUGAAAAACGAUUCAAAGACAUCCUAAUGAUAGUGGGUCAGUAGCAUCACAUAGCCUAUACUGCCUUGCACAAUCAGCACUCAAUAAAUGUUCAGUGAAUGAAUGGAAUGAACAAAUAAGUGAACAAUUGUUUGAGGUUCCUAAAUUUAAGUGUUAAAAAAACAGUGGGUCCCCAUGCAUAUACAUUCUAUACUGGCUCAACAGGGGACAGUGAAUGAAACAAGCUAUUUGGCCCAAGGCUUAAUCAUAUAUCCUUACAGAUAUUUAUCAAAGUAAUGCCUUGAAAUAGCCAACUCCUCUUCCCAAGCUUCAGCACUAUUUGAGCCUGUGUAGGAGACAAAAACUUAGGAUGGGACUCCAGAGACCACUUGGCACCUUCCCUUCUCCAUUCUGAAGCUGAAGUGCAGAUUUUAAAUGUCCCACAGGCUGGUCUGUGGCCAUGGAAGGAUUAGCAUUUCUGUAACUGCAUUAACCUCCUAGAGGGUUACAACCAAGGUGUCAUUUCUUCUCUCACCAUUGCUAGUAGUGAGAUCCUCAGUCUGAGAUGGAAACCAAGGUAGUUCUGAGGGGGAGCUAUUCCCUUUUGGUUCCCCACUGGAGAUUUCCUUAUAGACAGGCAUUCAGGAAGAGUGAAUUUCUGAGAAAUGGUUGAGGAGAAUGGCAGGUGCUUCUUUGAAAAGGGCAGGAUUCCUCCGCCUGGAUAUAGGAAUCUACAGAUAGGGAGGACCUCAAGCCUCAUCUGACACAUACUCAACAGGAAACAGGGUCACAGAGUAUUAAGAGCUGAAAUGGACUUCAGUGAUUUACUAAUCCAACUGCCUCAUUUUACAGAAGCCAAAGGAAUUGCCCAAGGUCAUGAAGAUGUAGGUGAUGGAGUCACCACAUCUUCUGUCUCUUAAGCCCAGUGCUUUUAUUACACUGUGAUGCUUUCUAGUUCUGGUGCCGCCAACCAGCCAGCUGCAUGACCAUGGGCAACUUUCCUAACGUCUCUGGGAAUAUUUAAUCUAGAUGAAGAAUUUGGACUAAAUAUACAAGGUUUCUUUCAGUUUUAAAAUUCUAUGAUGCUAAGCUAGUUGCUGCAACCAUGUGAAGGCACUAGACCUUCCUCCUCCUACAAUGUAAUCACAAACCUUCUGAAAAAUUAAAAAUAGCUCUUCCUAACAAGGUUGAGAUUCUCUAAGGUAGAAAUAUGAGUAACACUUCCUAUCAGCACUAAAAAAAUAAUAGACUUUAGGUGAUCUGGGCUUAAGAAGGUGGGCUAUCUGCAAAUUUUUCUAAUUGCAUGAGCACAAAGUAGGUUCUCUGAGGCUUCUUGGUAUUCUAAAUUCUCCAUAUGGUGGGGGGGGGGGAGGGGGGGACGUUCCUAACCUUUCCUUUUCAUUUCUGCCUCUACCUAGGCACUUGUUGAAUGAUCAUUCUGGAAGGCUAAUUCUUGCUCUUCUCUGGGGUAAGAAGGAGGGCUAGAAACCCUUACACCUGAAGUUCUGUUAGGAAAAUUUUUAUUUCUUGUUAUUAUAUGAAACAAUGGUCAUUUCUAAAAAAAUCAACCAUAUUGUUAAAAAAAAUCAGUGGAAAAAACUCACCAAGAGACAAUAGUACUAGCUAUUUUAACAUUUUUUUUUAUUGAAGGCUGUAAAAAUAACCAGAAAGAUAAAUAAAUGUUGAUGCAAUGA